UUCUUCAGGUCACAGCUCAUCAUCUAAGAUGCUCCGCAACGUCUUUCUUGUCACUUUGCUCAUAUGUUCAGUCUGUGCAGUUCACUGGGAGAUUCGUGAAGUGGAGUCCUCUGAGGAUGUCGAUGAGAUGCCUGCUGACAAAAUGACAAAACAGAAGCUGCCUGGCGUUUGUUGGGCGUGUACUUGGGUCAUGAAAAAGGUGAAAAAAAUGAUCUCCCCGAAUUCAACCCAGGAAGAAAUUAAACAAGAUCUUUAUGCCGUCUGUGAGAAAAUUGGCUUUUUGAAACGCUUAUGCAAGAGUUUUGUUAAUAUGUAUUUGGGCACUUUGGUGGAGGAUCUCAGCACCACCGAUGGUCCAAAAACUAUCUGCAUCAACGUUGGAGUCUGCAAGUCAACAUCAUCAUUCUCAAAGAAGUUCAUUCCUUCAUCUGAUCCAGAAUUUGACAAUUUCCUAAUGAGUACAGAUUACUAGCAGCAUUUACUAAAUCUACAUGUAUACGUGUACAUGUAAUAAAAUAUAUCUAU